AUGGGAGCCACUCGCCUGCUGCCCAGCUUUGCUCUGUGUCUGCAGCUACUCGUUCUCUGCUGUCAAACUCAGGGGGAGAAUCACCCGUCUCCUAAUUUUAACCAGUACGUGAGGGACCAGGGCGCCAUGACCGACCAGCUGAGCAGGCGGCAGAUCCGUGAGUACCAGCUCUAUAGCCGGACCAGCGGCAAGCACGUGCAGGUCACCGGGCGUCGUAUCUCCGCCACCGCUGAGGACGGCAACAAGUUUGCCAAGCUCAUCGUGGAGACAGACACCUUUGGGAGCCGGGUCCGCAUCAAGGGGGCUGAGACUGAGAAGUACAUCUGCAUGAACAAGAGGGGCAAGCUCGUCGGGAAGCCCAGCGGGAAAAGCAAAGACUGUGUGUUCACGGAGAUUGUGCUGGAAAAUAACUACACGGCUUUCCAGAACGCCAGGCACGAGGGCUGGUUCAUGGCCUUCACGCGGCAGGGCCGGCCCCGCCAGGCCUCCCGCAGCCGCCAGAACCAGCGCGAGGCUCACUUCAUCAAGCGCCUCUACGAGGGCCAGCUGCCCUUUCCCAACCAAGUGGAGAGGCAGAAACAGUUCGAGUUUGUGGGCUCAGCCCCCACUCGCCGGACCAAGCGCACUCGGAGGCCGCAGCCCCUGACGUAG